AUGGGUGGAAGACUUUCACCAUUCUGGAAGACACCUGACCAAAAGGAGAGUGAAGGCAAACUGAUUUUACCCAGGCAACCGGAAGCUGAAGAUGAAAUCACCAAUUAUGCUAGUAUCAAUGACUCUGCUGCAUCCUGUGUGCUCUGUGUGGGCAUUGCACGUCGAAGCUGUGUCAGCUGUCCAACAUGUCAGGGAACAGGAAGGAUCCCUGGGGAGCAAGAGAAGCAGCUGGUGGCUCUGAUUCCAUAUGGUGACCAGAGGCUGAAGCCUAGACGAACGAAACUCCAUGUAUGUCUUGCAGUGACAAUCUGCCUGCUGACAACAUCUCUCAGUAUUUUCUUCCUGUUUCCUCGCUCUGUUACUGUGCUGCCUGCAGGGCUGAAUGCCUCCUCUGUUGGCUUUAAUGCCACCACCACCAGUAUAUACCUCAACAUGACGAAUAUGCUGAACAUAACUAAUAAAAACUUCUACCUGGUCACUGUUGUGCAGCUAGACAUAAAGGUUUUGCACCAGUCCCUAGUAGUAGGGAAGACGACCAUGAAAACCCUGCUGAAUAUGAGCCCUUUGCAGAGUAGCCAGAUCUAUUAUAUGGUGGCUAGUACGAUACUGGAUGACAACACCUAUAACAUUUGCACCUGGGCAAAAGUCAAAGUUCACAAUGUUCUGCUGCAUAUACAGGGUACCCUGACGUGCACAUACCUGUGUCAUUCAGAGCAGCUGGCUUUUGAAGACUACCAGUACGUGGACUGCCAGGGAAAUGCCGUGCUACCUCACCCGUUGUACUACUGCCCGCCAUGA